GUAUAUAAUGGGCUCCGGCGCACUCAAUGUGUCCUAAAGCACUGCACAGAGUGAGUCGAAGACAAUGGCGCGCGUGUUAUUCAUCUGCGUGCUCGCUGCUGCUGUGGCCUGCGUGGCAUGUCACCCGUCCUCUGACGCUAGUGGAAGAAAGGCUGGCUGGCGCAAUGCUGACGGGGGAGGAAAUACUACCAGCGGGAGUAACGAUGGGCGGCAGCGGCUACAGCAGCAGCAACAGCAGCAACCGCAACAACAGCAGCAACCGCAGCAACAGCAGCAACCGCAACAGCAGCAGCAACCGCAACAGCAGCAACAGCAGCAACCGCAACACCAGCAGCAACCGCAACAACACCAGCAACAGCAGCAGCAACAGCAGCAGCAACAGCAGCAGCAACAGCAGCAGCAACAGCAGCAGCAACAGCAGCAGCAACAGCAGCAACCGCAACAGCAGCAGCAACCGCAACCGCAACAGCAGCAGCAACCGCAACAGCAGCAGCAACCGCAACAGCAACCGCAACAGCAACCGCAACAGCAACCGCAACAACAGCAACAACAGCAAAAGAAAGAUUAAAAGCCCAAGCAACCGCAGAAGUCAGAGCUGCUGCGCUUGAAGCAGCCAUAAAACAUGGAACCAUUGGCAGCCAAAAAAAAAAAAAAAACUUGCGGUGACCUUGGGGAAAGGCCCUCGUCAAAGAAUAAAUCAUGUUUGAAGACUGCAAUAGUUAAUAAAUAGACCUGUCACAUACAGGAACUGUACCUUC